UGGAACAGCUCCCCGGUGCUGAAAUCGCUUCCACACUGGCAACGAGCGACGCGGAGGGUGGGAAGGAAAAAAAAAAAAGAAAUAUUUCAUAGGGAAAUAAAGGCAGAUAAUUUAUUUGGCGCCGACUGAAAUCGAGCCAAAGCCUUCGAGACAGAUGGCUGCCACUCAGGAUGCAAAAGGGAAGGGUGAGGGCGGCGACCAAAACUUUGACUACAUGUUCAAGCUGCUGAUCAUCGGCAACAGCAGCGUGGGCAAGACGUCCUUCCUUUUCCGCUACGCUGACGACGCCUUCACCUCGGCCUUUGUCAGCACCGUGGGCAUCGACUUCAAAGUGAAAACGGUGUACAAAAACGACAAGAGGAUCAAGCUGCAGAUAUGGGACACAGCAGGCCAGGAGCGUUACAGGACCAUCACCACGGCCUACUACCGCGGCGCCAUGGGCUUCAUCCUCAUGUAUGACAUCACCAACGAGGAGUCCUUUGGCGCCGUGCAGGACUGGUCGACCCAGAUAAAAACGUACUCGUGGGAUAACGCGCAAGUGGUUCUGGCUGGGAAUAAGUGCGAUAUGGAUGAGGAGCGGGUGGUGUCUGUGGAUAGCGGAAGGCUGCUUGCAGAACAGUUGGGUUUCGAGUUCUUCGAGACCAGCGCCAAGGACAACAUUAACGUCAAGCAGACCUUCGAGCGUCUGGUCGACCUCAUUUGCGACAAGAUGUCCGACAGCUUGGACGGCGACCCGGCCGUUACCACGGGAGCGCCCACCGCCAAACUGACAGACAGUGCUCCGCCCCUCCAGCAGCCCGCCUGCAACUGUUAGUGCCCCCCCGGAGGAGUUAAAAAGGAAGGGGCCGCCAACUUCCUGUAACCUGUAAGGUGUUAAUUUUUUUUUCUUUUUUAACUUGUCAUCUUGCCUUCCUUGGACUGUUUAGUGGUAUAGUUACUAAACGCUGUCGUAUUAGAGCCUAACCUUUAUCACCUUCUAACACGAGCAAAUAAGACUUACUCUUAUUAGAGACACUGUCAAUAACCACCAUGUUUGUAGUCCUAAGUCAAUGUAAAAAAAAGACCACUUUUGUGUAGCUUUUUAUUUACAGUCUUGUAAGGUUGCCAAAUAUGUUAAAUAAGGCGCUGUGUGAACACUACUGUACUAUGGGAAAUGACCUACCUUGGAUUGUUGAAAAAGUGGCCUUUUUUAGCAUUUCCACCAUGGCCUCUGUCCUUUAAAGUUGCCGUCCAAGCGAGGCCAUCUAAAAAAAAAAACAUCUUAAAAAAAACAAUCCGCCAUGUUGUUUUUGUUCUUCAAUUCACUUCCGGGUUCCAAUUAAACACGCAUAAAAACCUCACGCAGAGAGGAUACAGCUAUAUAUUGUCAUAUUUCCCCCCUUUUAACAGGCCGAAAAAAACACAAUACAUACAGAUAAUGUAGUAAAUAUGCUCUUUAAUUGACGUUUCGCAUUCAGAAUGUGCACCGUCAUUAAUAUGUGACGUCACGACUAAUUUGAACAUUUCCCGGUUUCCAUUCGUCCAAAACGCACCAUAAAUAACACUCAAAAUGAGUUGGAAUUACCUAAUAAAAAUGGAACGGCAAAGAAAGUGGUUAUAUACGCACCUGUAGUGGAGGAACCGACAGCCAUAGUUUCCUUCCCGGAGUUCGCAUGUUCAAUGUUGAUGUUAGUGUUCAUAGAGCGAGCGCUCCCUCUAGUGGGCGCGGGCCGCACUGCAAGUGAGCUGUUGUAGUUUAUUUUCAAUAUUCCAUAAAAAAAAAAAAGCCUUUUGGUUCUGUCGAACACUUGCAAUCAGUUCAAAUAAGUGUGCCAAAAGAAGACAAAACAUGAAAAAUAUAGACUCUUAGCGUUGGUUGUUUGUUUGUUUGCAUAGUUGAUGAUAGCUGCAGGAAAAAAUUGCAUGAAAUCCGUCCUUGCAAGUAGAUUUAUAUUCUGGUAUAAAUAUAAUAUAUGUGUAUAUAUAUAAAUAAUAUCGAGGCUAUGUAACAGAUUUAAAAGCAUGCUCACAGUACUCGCUGUGACAUGCGAUGGGCCAAUAAGUGCAAUAUUUUAUGAAUCCAAACCCUGUAAAUAGUCUCUCCAGUGCGAUGACUGCAGUGUGUGUGUGCGUGUGUGUGUGUGUUGGGGGCAUACAGAGUAAUAGUGUGUUGUUUGCGUAAACCUUUUGCAAAAAAAAAAUAUAUAGAAAGACAAGAAAAAAAUGGCUUCCCUGCCAUGUGUCAGUCGUGCUGUCGGUGUUGUCGUGAAGUAGUCGGAGAGAGAAAUGAGCUCACGUUAAUAAUAAUAAUACACAAUUAAAGGGAUCCACUACUUUUUGUGCAUGAGUGCGUGUGCGUGUGUGUGUGUGUGAUGUUAGCGUUUCAUGCCAAUAGCCAUGUGUCAAUCUCAAGUGAUAAUAAAUUGAUAUAAUAAAAAAGAAGUAGGGUCAUUUUGGAGCAUGGUGAUUUAUGGACUGAGAGGAGAUGUUUGUCAAUGCAAGGUGGUUGUUUUUGACAUCUUAGGAAAUAAAAAUAAUUCAAUCGUU